AAAAAAAAAAAUCUAACUACUUCUCAAGCUCAAGAUUCGACUAAAUCCAUAAUAAUUAAAACCUAUAAAUACCAACUUAUUCAUAGAAAGUAUUCAUCUCAAACAAAACCAACUACAAAACUAUUUACAGAUUUCCCAGUAUAUAUAGCGAUUAAGUAACGAAAAACAAAAAAUGUCAAGCACUGCAGGUCAAGUAAUUCGAUGCAAAGCCGCGGUGGCAUGGGAAGCAGGAAAGCCGCUGGUGAUGGAAGAAGUAGAGGUGGCGCCACCUCAGAAAAUGGAAGUUCGCAUCAAGAUCCUCUUCACUUCACUUUGUCACACUGAUGUUUAUUUUUGGGAAGCCAAGGGUCAGAAUCCUGUGUUUCCUAGAAUUUUAGGACAUGAAGCUGGAGGGGUUGUGGAGAGUGUUGGGGAAGGAGUGACAGAUCUUGAGCCAGGGGAUCAUGUCCUCCCUGUUUUUACCGGGGAGUGCAAAGAGUGUGCUCACUGCAAGUCUGAAGAGAGCAAUAUGUGUGACCUUUUGAGGAUCAACACCGACAGGGGCGUCAUGAUUCAUGAUCAGAAAUCUCGUUUCUCGAUCAACGGGAAGCCCAUUUUUCAUUUUGUUGGGACGUCUACGUUUAGCGAGUACACGGUGGUUCAUGUUGGAUGUCUUGCCAAAAUCAACCCUCUUGCCCCUCUUGACAAAGUUUGUGUCCUUAGUUGUGGCAUCUCCACUGGUCUAGGUGCUACUCUGAAUGUUGCAAAGCCCAAAAAAGGCUCGACUGUUGCCAUUUUCGGGCUGGGAGCUGUGGGACUCGCUGCUGCAGAAGGUGCAAGAAUUGCAGGGGCUUCAAGGAUCAUUGGGGUUGAUCUCAAUGCCAAUAGAUUUGAGCUUGCAAAGAAAUUUGGGGUAACAGAGUUUGUGAACCCAAAAGACUAUCAGAAACCGGUACAAGAAGUGAUUGCAGAGAUGACUAAUGGAGGCGUUGACAGGAGCGUUGAAUGCACUGGCCACAUUGAUGCUAUGAUCUCUGCCUUCGAAUGUGUGCACGAUGGCUGGGGCGCUGCGGUUCUAGUGGGUGUUCCUCAUAAAGAUGCUGUCUUCAAGACUAACCCUAUGCAAUUAUUGAACGAAAAAACACUCAAGGGUACUUUCUUCGGAAACUAUAAGCCUCGAUCAGAUAUUCCUUCUGUGGUCGAAAAGUACAUGAACAAGGAACUUGAGCUGGAGAAGUUUAUAACGCAUGAAGUUCCAUUUGCUGAGAUCAACAAGGCCUUUGAUCUAAUGCUUAAAGGAGAGGGUCUUCGAUGCAUCAUACGGAUGGAUGCUUAAAGUUAAGGAAGGCAAAAUUGUGUUGUAUAUGAGUGUACACCAGACUGGCAGUGAUCCUUGUUUGUCUAAUUUAAUUGUCUUUUAAAUUUUAAUCUUACAAAAUCUGCUUAAUACGGAGUACUGGUCUUUGAUCUUAUGUAAAAAAAUUUCUAAUGAUAAAAUCCGGCUCGCUGGUUUCCACU